AUGUCACAACCACUCAACUCUCUAAUGUCAAACCUCUCCCUUCACCCUCCUUCUCCAACUUCCAAACCCCCGACAUCCUCUUCAAUAUCCGUUUCAUCCAACUCUAACCGUCUACCACCAGUGAUGAAAAAAUAUAUGAACCCUUCACUCGUUAGACCACCCAAUACCGGUCUGUCCACAUUGAACACAACAUACAAUUCCUCAGCUCGAGAACCUCUUUUAAAAUUAGCAGGUAUCAACGUGAUUCCGACUUCAUCACAAAGACAAUCAACUUCUAAACAUACGAAUGGAUCUCCUAAAGUUUUACAUACAGCUCAUGGAUUACAUGGACCUGCACAUUCUACUUCUACUCGUAUGACCGGUAUAUCAGGUAUAUCAACUACUACCAUGACGAAUAUCAACGUACAAACACUCACAGGUAGUGCGGGGUUGAAGAACGGAGGAAUUGGGAGAUAUGAUGGUGGUUUGGAAAUUGAUGAAGUUGAUAAAGAAGAAGUGACUGGCGAAUCCGCAAAGAUUUUAGAAAUGGAUAGUGGUUCUCAAGGUGGAAGUAUACCUUUAACAUUACCCGCUUUCGCAAUCGGACGUCCAUUAGGUAAAGGGAAAUUCGGUAGAGUUUAUUUAGCUAGAACAAGAGCAGCACCACAUUUCAUAGUAGCUUUGAAAUGUCUACAUAAAAGUGAGAUUGUUCAAGGUAAAGUUGAGAAACAAGUCAGGAGGGAAAUUGAGAUUCAACAGAAUUUAAGACAUCCUAAUAUUUUAAGAUUAUAUGGUUAUUUUCAUGAUUCGAAAAGAAUCUUUUUGGUUUUGGAAUUUGCUGCUAAAGGGGAGUUGUAUAAACAAUUGGCUAAAUAUGGGAAAUUUGAUGAGAAACGUAGUUCCCGAUAUAUUGCACAAAUGGCGGACGCAUUGUCAUACCUACAUAAAAAACACGUCAUUCAUAGAGAUAUUAAACCUGAAAAUUUACUUAUCGGAUUGCGAGGUGAACUCAAGAUAGGUGAUUUCGGUUGGAGUGUGCACGCACCUAGCGAUCGUCGUCAAACUUUAUGUGGGACGUUAGAUUAUUUACCUCCAGAGAUGGUAGAGGGGAAAGAACAUAAUGCCAAGGUUGAUUUAUGGGCUUUAGGUGUUUUAUGUUAUGAGUUUUUGGUGGGGAGUCCUCCUUUUGAAGAUUUAGCUGGUAACACGGCUACAUAUAAAAGAAUCAGAAAUGUGGAUUUACACAUCCCAGAAUUCGUUUCUACAGAAGCGGCCGAUUUGAUCAAACGUUUGCUCAGAUACAACCCUGAAGAUCGUCUUCCUCUGAGUGAAGUGUUGGUACAUCCCUGGAUCAAGAAAUAUGAGAAGAAACGAUCUACAGGAGGACAGACGAGAGAAUCGUGA